AUGAAAUUAUCUCAUUUUUGUUUAUUAACAACAGUUUUUAUCCUUUUAUUUUCGUCAUGGUGGUGUUUUGCAUUGCCAAUUGAUAACAAAUUCAAAAAACUCAACGAUAUCUCUUAUGACAAUCAAAUUAUCAUAUCCGUUAAAGAAAGAAUUCAAUUUAACAAUAAUGAUGAUCACGAAACAACCUCAUUCCCUGAAGAAAAAAUUCUAUCUAAUAAUAAUGAUGAAUUUAUUUCAAAUUUUCCAUCUAUCAAUGCAACUUUUCCAUCUAUCCCAUCUAUCAAUAUAACUUUGCCAUCUUUCCCUCCUAUGAAUGAAACAUUCUCUCAUAUCAAAGAUUUUGUGAAUGAGCAUUUCAUAGUUAUAAGCUUUAUUGUAAUCGCAAUUAUUGGAGCAAUAGUUGGUUACUUUGCACCAGUGGCUUUUGUGAAGAUAAUUAAAGGUAUCGGGUUUCAAGUAGGAAUCCUUGCUGGUUCUCCAGCAGCAAAAAUGAUGUCUAUUUGCGGAACUGGAGCACGGAGUAUCGUCCCAAAAUUACAAUUUCGCGGUGCUGCAGGUUUCAAUGAAAAAUUCAAUCGUACAAUAAUGAUGAUCAUGAAACAUUCCUCGAAGAAAAAAUCUUAUAAUGAUUUUGUUUCAAAUUUUACGUCUGUCAAUUUAACUUUUCCAUCUAUCCCAUCUAUCAGUGUAGCUUUACCAUUAAUUAAUGAAGUUACCUCUAGUACCAAGGAAUUCUUUUCAACCCUCAAGGAAUUCUUUUCAAACAUCACUGAGUCCAUCAAAGAUUUUGUAAAUGAGCAUAAAGUUAUGAGCUAUAUUGUAAUCACAGUUAUCGGAGCUGUGGUUGGUUGCAUUACACUUAAAAUUUUUGUGAUGAUAAUUCGAUGUAAGGGUUUUCGAGAAGGAGUUUAUGCUGGUUCUUCAGCAGCAACAUUGAUGUCUAUUUGCGGAACCGCAGCGUAUAGUAUCAUCCCAAUUUUACAAUCUAUCGGAUCUGCAGGUUUUAGUGGUUCAACUUAUACUAAAUGUUCUUUACUUUUUGUAGUGGAUUCGAAAUGCAUAUUGGCAGGUUUUUGA